AUGUCACUGCCGGCAGACAGACCAACCCAAAAGAAAAUACCUACAUUGCCUAGGGAGAAAUCUGCAAGGUGGAUCGGGAUCAUCAUUGGGAUCAUUGAAGAACCUUCUGACAUUGUUCUUCAGCCUUCUUCGCUGGGGUUAAGGUUAAGAAACAGGGUCACUGUCGAUAAGGCAGCCCAAGCCGGCCCAUUCAUCAUUCCAAUCCAUGAACCGAUUUGA